UUUCAGGCCAAAGCAUUUUCACUAUCCUUUAACCCCGAUCCCCGAGUCAUAAAUACUGUCCUCAAGCUUGACUGAACGCAAUGCUUUCGUUCAAACAUCACGCCCUUUACUGGGUCUUGUCACUCUUGACAGUUCCUCUUACCAGCAUCCGGAAGCUUCUCUUCGGCCAUGAACUCUUUAUGGGCUCUAUUGACGAGAUCGAAUUUGCGACUAUGUGCCUCUCAAUGUAUUUUGUUGUACGCCCUGUGUUAGACGGACUUCAAGACUUUCAUCGAGAAGUAGAAGUUGGCGUGACCAAGUGCAGUGGUCUCAUCAAGGCGGCUGCUCUCGAAAAGCCCGUCGAGGAGAAUAGCAUCACGAAAGAAGUUGAACCCAGAAACGGCAAUGCGAAAGGAACAAAGCCCAACAAGGGCCGGAAGAAACCCGCCAAAGGUGCCAAUGGCAAGCCUCGAGCAGUUCAUUUUCAGAAGGAGUCAAUCCAAAAUGGGAAUGCGAAGCUAUCCAACGGGAAUAGAGCUCUUCAGAACAUAGCGGCGGCACAACGACUCCGGAAGAAAUCUACUGGUCGAUACACUACCACCCAGCAAUCCUUCUUCAACUUGGCCUGGAAGUACCUUGAUGUUCUGUAUUAUAUGUCUCUAGGGAUUCUGUUCACUCAUACAGAGCCUCUACUUGGGUUUGGUGAGUGUGUAGGAAACGAUCACCUCCAGUCAGUUGGUCGAGUACUUGUGAGCUUUCUAGUCAUAGGCACUCUGGAACCAAUCAGACAGAAUGUGAGUAGUUGUUAUGUCGUUCAACCUCGCUUGUUUGCUAAUGAGUUGUUUUUAGCGCUGGGACAUCGAAGUGUCUGGCCUGGGGAUGUUCUCCUACUGUUGUGUAUUAUGCAACGAAGGGCCUGGGCCUUGGACCUCGACAUUGAUGGGAAUUUGUGGCUUGUUGGUCAUGGGAAUCCUUGUGGAGUGUUCCUUUUAUAUAAAGCUGCAGUAUUGGCCUUGGUGGUCUGGUGCCUGGUUCGCUGAUAGCCUCAGUGGUCCCGAUAUUUUCAUUCGUGUUUGGUUACUGGUGCCACUCAUUGAUAUUGCCGAGACUGUACUGUACGCUAUUGCUUCCAACAUCCGCGCAGAAUGGUAUAAAAAGAGACUUGAGCUUAUGAAAAGACCCCUUUAGUACACGAGGGUUGGGCAUAAGAUCUUUGUCAUGGUAGUCGCCUGGCUUCUUUUUACUGUAAUUCGGACGGCUUUCUGGCAGCCCCUAUUUUUGAAGCAGAACAAUGGAGAUACCUUCAUUGACACGGCGACACCUAUCGAGUCGAUGCAGACAGGGGAUGGUCCGACUUGCGAGAAUGCUAAGAGUCUCCUAAGAAACCGCGAUGUGUCCUAACGAUGGCUGAACCAGCUAGUGGAAACGUUGAAAGCGAUCAUAACUACGAGGAAUCAGGAAGCGUGGUCUCGUUACAAAGACCUAGUCUCUAUACAGCGUAUGCAGCUCUGUUUUGCACAGAUUAAGCAGAAUAGGAACUGAUAGGUACAUGCUCCAAUGCCCGAAUGUCCGUAAUUAGGCAUGCUCGCCGUGUAAACGCACUGGCUGAAACAAAACGCCGUAUCCUAAGCCACACAUUAUUGGUAGAGACAGGCCACUCAACUUGAGGCACAAGAGAAACGUCAAUGUUGUUGUAAUAUCUUGCGACAGCCUGGGGAAAGGAAGAAGCUCUCAGACAACUUCGAUCUUAGAGUGACCAAAAGAAAUCCAAGAUAAGUCUAGGAUAUCCCAGGACUAUUUUGGCGAGCUCUUUGAGUAGUUGUUUUUUGGCCUUUUGAUCCAGAGUCUUAAUAAUUCUGACACAGCGAGGCCUGCAU